AUGUCAAGUCCGCCGUCUGCGCGUCCGUCUGGCGAACUGACCCAUAGCCCCUCCCACUUUGACCUUCACCGGACCCCACAACUCCCCAACCCCCGCAACCAUCCCCCUCCCUUCUCCAACCCCCAAAAGCACAACUGCAGAAAGGGGGGGCAGGGGGAGCAGGGGCCGGGGGUGUUGCUAAUGCUAAGUGUGCCUGGCGUCCGUCCCGCUCGAGCAGGACGCGUGUUGCCAUUGUCUGUCCUGACGCUGCUGCUGCUGCCGGGUGCAUCUGCCUGCUGGGACCCCCACCCCAGCGGAGGCCUCCUGGAGCGGGCCAGCCUGUCCAGUGCCCCGUGUCAUCUCCUUUUGUCUGCUCGUCAGGCCGGCAGCGAGACCAACGCGCGGCUGGGGGUUAACCUUUACCCUCUCCCCUGA